AUGACCCAGCAGGGGCAGGCCAUCCUCUCCCACCCCGUCAGCACCACCAGCCUGGGGGCCUCGGGCCAGCCAGAGUCGCGGGGCGAUGCGGGCGGGCCGGAAGUGAGCUCCCAGGCGGCGCCGCCGCCGGCGCAGCAGCUGGCGACAGCAGCGCCGCCGGUGGUGCGGCCGCUGCGCCUGCCGCCGCCGCCACCCAAUGGGCGGCCGCCGCUGCCGCGCGGCGCGCCGCCCUCCUCGGCCACCUCCAGCCGCGCCUCGUCGCCGCGCAGCGCCGUUUCGGCGCAGCCCAGCCUGCAAACCCUCAACAUGGCCCGCCUGGCGCAGUACAGAGCCGCCUCGCGCACCUUCAAGCCUGAUGCCCAGCCGCGCAAGGGGCUGUCCACCGGCGACGUGGUGGCCCUGCGGGCGCACGGCAAGCUCUUGGCGGUGACGGAGCUGAGCAGCGAUCCCGCAGAGGCCAGCACCGUGCACUUUGGCCUGCAGCCCUCGGAGCAGGCAGACGCCAGCGACAAGCACACGCACCUGGAGGGCAAGUGGGUGGGCUUCCGCUCCGCCGCCGCCGGCGACCGCUUCCUGCAGGCCCGCAAGCGCAGCCCCAACCGGCUCGUCUUCUUCAGCCAGAACGUGGGCACCUGGGAGCAGUGGGAGGUGGCGGCGGGGGCCCCCGACCCCGACGCCUGCGACUGGUCCGCCCUCUCGCUGGCCCUGCGCCACCGCCGCCUGCCCCAGUUUGAGCUGGCUGUGGAGGUGGUGCGGGUGGGCACCUACACCCUGCCCCCCAAUGCCGCCCUCACGCCCCGCACGCUGCUCCCGGCCGCCGACGCGCUGGGCGGCGCGGCGGCGCUGGCGGGCGACGCCGGCGCCGACGAGGAGCCCGGCUUGGAGCGGCGCGAGCUCAAGCGCAUGUCUGGCGUGCUGGUGCAUGAGUGGUUGCACUAUGUGGAUCAGGAGAAGGCGGCGCGGCUGGCCAUCGAGGCCCGCCUGGCGCAGAUGGCGGAGGAUGCGGCGGGGCUGCGAGACUGGGCUGUCAUGCAGGUGGACAGCGUGCGGCGUGAGAUGGGGGAGGAGGUGGAGGCGCUCCUGGAGGCGGUCAGGCGCAAGAGCGCCAAGCUGGCAGAUGCCGAGGUGCGGCUGACGGGGCGGCUGCGCUGGGGCGUGGCCAUGAUCCAGGCCAAGAGCGAGAUGGGCAUCAAGCGCCAGACGUUCAUGUGGUGGAGGUGGAUCGCCGCCCGCCGGCGCUACUGCCGCCACGUGGAGUCCAAGCUGGCGCAGCGCAGCGACCUGCGCCUGCUGGGCAGGGCGGUGCAGGGCUGGGCGCAGUGGCGGGAGGCGCAGGCGGCGGUGCAGGCGCGGCUGCGUGCCGCAGUGCGCCGCAUGUACCUGGUCAAGCUGCACCACGCCUUUGCAGCCUGGAGGAACCUGGUGGCCUGCAAGCGGCAGCAGCAGGAGGACCAGGCGGCGCUGGUGGAGGCAGUGUGCCAGCACGUGCAGCGCUGGCGCCUGCGCCGCCUGCUGCGCGCCUGGCAGCAGCAUGCGGCGGGCUGCGGCGCCGGGCGGCAGCUGCUGGAGCGCAUGGCCUGUGCGGCGCAGCGCCGCGAGGUGGCCUCUGCCUUUGCCGCAUGGAGCGCCCACACGGCGCGGCAGCGGGAGCGGCUGGCCGCCUUCUGCUCCUCGGCUGCGACGCGGCGUGCACAGCGUGCGCAGCGUGGCGCUUUCCACGCCUGGCGCCUACAGGUGGAGGACGAGCGCGGCGCCUGCCUGCAGCUGCAGCACGCGCGCCAGGUGCUGGCGCGGCGCCGCCUCCACGCCGCGCUGCGCGGCUGGCAGGACUGGCGGCGGCAGCGCGCCGACCGCCGUGCCCGCUGGGACGCCACCAUCGCCUACAUGGUGCAGCGGGGCGCAGCGCUGCGCCUGGACGCCGCCCUGGCUGCCUGGCAGGAGCACGUGGCGCAGCAGAAGGAGCGGCGGGCGGUGUUCUACAACGCAGUGCAGCACCUGGCGCUGCACCGGAUGGCGCUGGCGCUGCGUGGCUGGCAGUACGUGGCGGCCUGGCACCAGCACGUGCGCGCGGCGGUGGAGACUGCGGUGGCACGCGUGUCGCGCCGCGCGCUGGCGCAGGCCUGGGCUGCCUGGCAGGAGCGGGUGACGGAGCACCGGGUGGCUCGCCACCGCAUCGCCGUCUGCCAGCGGCGGCGCCAGCUGGGGCUGCAGCGCGGCGUGGUGGGCGCCUGGCGCCACGCGGCGGCGCUGGCCGGCGCCGAGCGGCAGAUCGUGCAGCUGUGCCAGAAGCGUGCCGACCGCAACAGGGUGGCGCUGGCGCUGGCGGCGCUGCAGGCCCACGCGGCCGAGGCGGCGGCGCGGCGGGAGCGCGGCCAGCUGGCGGUCAGCUGGUACGCCGAGGCGCUGCAGGCGCGGGCGCUGGCUGCCAUGGGCGAGGCUGUGGCGCGGCGGCGCCGCUUCGAGCAGCAGCUGGUGGCGGUGGCGCGGUCGGUGCAGCUGGGGCAGGCGCGGGAGGCGUUUGCUGGCUGGCGCGCCGCCGCCGCCCUGUCAACCUCCAAGGGCCAGCUGCAGCAGGCGGAGCAGAGCGUGGCGGAGCGGCAGCUGGUGGCGGCGGCGCAGAGGCGCAUCGCCCGCAUCCGCCUCGCCGCAGCGCUGUCCGGCUGGCGCCAGCACAGCGCCGACCUGGCGGCCGCGCGGCAGGCGGCAGCGCAGCGUGGGGCGGCGCGGGGCACCGCCCUGCUGCAGGGCUGCCUGCUGGCCUGGGCUGGCCACGCUGCGCAGCGGGCACGGCAGCAGGCUGGCAUGGCGCAGCUGGUGGAGCAGCGCGCGGCCUGGCUCACGCUGAAUGUGGCGCACUCCUGGCGCGCCUAUGCGCAGCACAGGCGGCAGCGCCGCGCUCAGCUGCACCACGCCGUGCGCAAGCUGGCGGGCGUGUGCCAGCGCCACGCCUUUGCGGCCUGGCGCCAGGAGGCGGCCUGGCGGCGCGCCGAGGCGGCCCGCCUGGCAGCUCUGGAGCGCCGGGUAGCUCGCCGCUCUGCAGCCCUGGGCCUGGCCGCAGCCUUCCGCGGCUGGCGCAGCCACGCGGGCGCCCUGGCGUCGGCGCGGGCCGUGGUGGAUGCAAAGGUGGCUGCCGAGGGCGGCGUGGUGCGGCGCCACGUGCUGGCCGCCUGGCGCAGCGCCAGCGAGGCGCAGGCGGCGCGGCACGCCCACAUCCUGCGCGUCUGCGUGGCGCGCCGCUGCGCCUCGCUGCAGUCACGGGGCCUGGUCACCUGGCUGCUGUUUGCGCAGCGCCAGGCCCACAACCGUGAGGCGGUGGAGGUGAUGGUACACCGCAUGGCGCGCCGCCUCAUGCACGCCGCGCUGCUGACCUGGCGCCAGGCGGCGCAGGAGCGGCGCGUGCGGCGCAUCGCCAUGGCACGCUUCAUCCAGCCCGCCUUCAUGCGCUCCUCGACGGAGGGGCAGCAGCAUUCGGAGGGCGGCGGCGGCGGCGCCUUUGGCGGCGCCUACAGCGGUGGCAGCCUGGGGUAUGGCGGCAGCCUGGCCCUGCCCCAGCUGCCCCCCCGCGAGCCGCUCAGCAGCCGGCUGGCGGCGGCGGCGGCGGCGCACGGCUCGGAAGGCUCGGCCGGCGGCGCCGCCGCGCCGCAGCCCGCGGGCCUGGGCGGCGCGCCGCUGGCGCCGCUGCGCGAGUACGCCGCUUGGGCGCUGCACGGCAAUGCCAUGCUGGAGCCGGUGCCAGAGGUGGCGGAGAGCCCCUACCAGGCACGCAGCCACGGCGGCGCCGCAUCCAGCGCCGCCUCCACAGCCCUGCCCGGCUCCCCGCUCACCCCGGCCUCCGCCUUUGCCGCCGGAGGCUCGCCCCUGCCCGGCAGCGGCGCGGCGGCGCAACAGCUCAGCCCCGGCGGCCUGUCCGCCGCCGCCACCCCUGGCCCCGGAGGGCUGUCGCCGUUGGCCGCCGCCGCCACCCCCACCUACAGCCUGGGCUCUGCGGCCGGCAGCCAGGCGGGGUCUGCGCGCCGCUCGCCCCUCAGCCUGGCCGGCACCCCCCAGCCCGACUUUGGCCUGGGCGGCGGCGAGGGGUGGGGUGGGUCGCCCUCGUCGGGCGCGCACCUGGCGCACGCCCCCACCCCGCUGGGCCUGCAGGGACGCUACGAGAUCCGACAGUUCAGCGCUGGCACCGACUACCUGGCUCCCGCCGCCCCUGCCGCAUACAGCACGCCGCUGGCGGCCCAGAAGACGCCGCCGCCGGGGCUGGCCGAGCUGCAGGGCGACUACAGCAUCCAGCGCCUGCAUGCCGCGGCCGAGGAGGAUGGGCGCCACCUGGCGGCGCAGGCCACGCCGCCCCACCCAGACGCCGCCUACGCCUCCCUCAUCGCCGCCUACCCUGGCAGCCUGUCCGCGGCAAAGACGCCGCUGCUGCACAUCAACCCGCUGGCGAUGUGA